AUGACAGGUGAUCCACUGGUGGGAGAUGGUGGAUUCUUGGAAUUGGGAGAGCACGAGCUUCCAGAGCUGGAUCAGCUGAAACAUGCCGGAAGAAUGCAGGAGUUUCUUCUUGCAGACUCAAGCUUUUACAAGAUGAAGCAGAUUCCUCGUUUCAGCGUGUGUUGCACUCCAUUAAGUGCAGAUACAAAUGGGGAACAAAUGGUGCAACUUCUGGGGCGAAUUUUGAAGGGCGUGGGUGAGAUUGUGACCACGAUUGCUGGCUACGACCCAAUGUCGGACAAAUUGAGUUGCAUGUUUCUCAAUCCGUACCAUUUGGUUCUGGACGCAACGGAGAAGGAUCCGUCAAAAAUGAAGAUCCCAUGGUCAUUGCGUGGCCUGAUGGUUGCAAAUUUGCUUGGGUCAUUGGUUCAGAGUGCUGUCAUGUGCCCUGAUGUAUCGGCCGUGCAGAAACUGGAGAAUGUGAUGACAUUCCACGUGUGCAUUGACAUCGGGCAGUUGAUGGCAUGGACAAAGGAGACAGCGUGCAAGGUGCGAAAAGGCACACUCUAUUGGCAUCCGGAGACGAUCCUUCACAUGAAGCAAUUGUGUGGAUUUUUGAUGAUUCAGCUCACGUCAGUUGACACAUCGUCUUGUUGGCUGCCACACAAGUCCACCGAAUGCAUUAUAGAAGAGUGGUUCGGCAUGCUGAGGGGGAAGUAUGCCUCCAGCCCAAUGUCUUGCAGAGACUACCUUCGCAGCAGCUUGCAGAAGCAGAAGUGGUUCCUUGACAAAACUCAGCGAAGCAUGAGUAAGCCUGUGGAACGUCCAGAAAUUCCACAUCAGAAUGCAAGAGUGUCAGAGGCAGCUUUCCGUGAGUGUGCUCGAAGAGCUUUGAGCAGCGCUUGCACACUGAUGUCGCUCAUCAGCAAAAGAAACAAGGCCGACAUUGAAGACAUGUUCUUGUCUUGGGCUGAUGAGAAUGCAUCGCAAAUGGAGAAGCAGGCUUUGAGCUCGGCAGAAGAAG